CCUCAGCCGCCGCCGCCUGUCGGUGGAGAGGCGCGCAGAGCCCUCGCGGCCCAUGGUGCUUCCCGGCAGAGCCAUGGCCACUUUCCGCUUGGCCCUCAUCCAGCUUCAAGUUUCUUCCAUCAAAUCAGAUAACGUCACUCGAGCUUGUAGCCUUGUCCGGGAGGCAGCAACGCAAGGAGCCAAAAUCGUGUCUCUGCCGGAAUGUUUUAAUUCUCCAUAUGGCACGAAAUAUUUUCCUGAGUAUGCAGAAAAAAUUCCUGGUGAAUCCACACAGAAGCUUUCUGAAGUAGCAAAGGAGUGCAGCAUAUAUCUCAUUGGAGGUUCCAUUCCUGAAGAAGAUGCUGGGAAAUUAUAUAACACAUGUGCCGUGUUUGGACCUGAUGGAAAUUUACUGGUAAAACACAGAAAGAUCCAUCUGUUUGACAUUGAUGUUCCUGGGAAAAUUACAUUUCAAGAAUCUAUAACACUGAGUCCUGGCGAUAGUUUCUCCACAUUUGAUACACCUUACUGCAGAGUGGGCCUGGGCAUCUGCUAUGACAUCCGCUUUGCAGAGCUUGCACAAAUCUAUGCACAGAAAGGCUGCCAGCUGUUAGUAUAUCCUGCUGCUUUUAAUUUGACCACUGGGCCAGCCCACUGGGAGUUGCUUCAGAGAGGCCGCGCUGUUGAUAACCAGGUGUAUGUGGCCACCGCAUCUCCUGCCCGGGACGACGGAGCCUCCUAUGUUGCGUGGGGACACAGCACCGUUGUGAAUCCCUGGGGGGAGGUCCUAGCCAAAGCCGGCACCGAAGAAACAAUUGUGUAUUCAGACAUAGAUCUGAAGAAGUGGGCUGAGAUACGCCAGCAAAUCCCCAUUUUUAGCCAGAAACGAUCAGACCUCUAUGCAGUGGAGGCGAAAAAGCUCUAAAGUUUAGUUUCCAACAUGUCACGGCACAAGAAGAUACGAUUCUGCAACAUAACUCCCUACUGAAUUUUUUAAUGGAGACCCCCCGCCACUGCUUUUUUAUUUUUAGUUUUCACCCUUUCCUCGCUGGGAACUUUCUGUUGAGCUGAUAGAGUAUCAAACCCAAAACCCAUUGCCGUCAAGUCAGCUCCGACUCAUUACCACCCUACAGGACGGAGUAGAACCGCCCCGUAGGGUUUCCAAGGCUGUAAUCUUUCAGGGAGCAUACUGCCGCAUCUUUCCCCCGCAGAAUGGCCAGUGGGUUUGAACCAAUGACCUUUCGGUUAGCAGCUGAGCGCUUAACCACUGUGUCACCAGGGCUCCGUUGUUAGAGUAUCAACACAUUAAAUAGUUAAAAUUAUGUGGGUCACUUACGAAGAGUCAGGCUGGCACUGAAGAGCCAAAGGAGGGGGCCUGCCUCUAAAGUUUGCAGACUUAAGUUGCCUCAAAGCAUUUGGUAAAAGUAUCAGAUCGUGGUAUCCUGGUGUUCGAUUCACCUAAUACAGAUAUCUUUGUGUCAUGAAUCUCUCCCCUCACUUGCUGGAGUUGGAACCCAUUUUCUGGAAAACUUGGUCUGAUGCUACCCUUCUCCAAGUGGCACCUUCAAAGUUGCAUUUCUGUCUGUGAGUUAACUAUGGGAACCAAGAUGGCAGGUCCUUGGUGCUGGCCAGAGGAAGUGGCAGCCCCACUCUUCCUAGCAGCCCCUGGCGAUCGCAGAUUGAAGAAGGAGCUGAUGAUUCAGUCCCAGGCCCUCCUGGUCUUGAGGGAGAGACUGUCAACGAUGAGCCCGUGGGAGAAUGGCAGUAGUGGCAUUUGGGGAUGGCAACUAAAGUAUGAAUCCCUGCAAAAGGUUUUCUGGAUAGCGCUGAGGGUCUGACAAUCUUUUUCUUUCUGCUUUUCUCCCUGGUAACAUUUUCUAGCUGCAUAGAUAAAGGCACCUUUUCUGCCUUAUUAUCAAUUCCAUACUUCAGCAGUUCUUAGAAACUUUUUAGUUUGAGGAUGCUUUUGUGCUGUUAAAAAGUAAGGACUUCAGUGAGCUUUUGUUUACGCAGGUUAUAGCUAGCGGUGAACUGGUAAAUGUUUCACAGCCAGGUAAGGACUUCAGUGAGCUUUUGUUUACGCAGGUUAUAGCUAGCGGUGAACUGGUAAAUGUUUCACAGCCAGGUAAGGACUUCAGUGAGCUUUUGUUUACGCAGGUUAUAGCUAGCGGUGAACUGGUAAAUGUUUCACAGCCAGGUAAGGACUUCAGUGAGCUUUUGUUUACGCAGGUUAUAGCUAGCGGUGAACUGGUAAAUGUUUCACAGCCAGGUAAGGACUUCAGUGAGCUUUUGUUUACGCAGGUUAUAGCUAGCGGUGAACUGGUAAAUGUUUCACAGCCAGGUAAGGACUUCAGUGAGCUUUUGUUUACGCAGGUUAUAGCUAGCGGUGAACUGGUAAAUGUUUCACAGCCAGGUAGGGACUUCAGUGAGCUUUUGUUUAUGCAGGUUAUAGCUAGCGGUGGACUGGUAAAUGUUUUACAGCCAGCUAUCCAAGAAAAUAUCCUGAUUUAUAGUAACAUUUGCCAAUUUCCAUGGUUUAAUUAAUGCGCAGUAUGGCCAAGUUCAAGUUAUCAACAUGCAUCUCCAAACACGGAGAUAGGAACAGAUGCACACAGGCAGCCCUUUUGUGCUGGUGCAGUCCUGCUCUGCUAGAACACCACUGGUUAUCUUUAUAGAUAUUUGCCAUAUUGGAAAAUAAAACAGAAUUUUAAAAGAAAAGAAUGUAUGAGCAUGCAUCCUAUUAGCUUUAAGACUGACGAUAACACUGUAUGUCAUUAAUCUCUGGAGAACAGCACUGUGUGCUCUAAGAGAAUGAGUAAAAAAAGGCAAAUGAAUUUUUCCUUUCUUUUAGUUAAAUGUACAGUUUGGUAAAGCUUGACAUACGUAUAUACCCAUGAAUCCAGUACAGUCAAGAUAAUGAACAUAUCCACUACCCCCGAAAGGUGGUUGUGUUUUUUUGUAAUCCCUGGAGCCACUCCUUCAUCCCAGGCAACCACUGAUCUGUUUUGUCACUAUAGAUUAGUCCGCAUUUUCUAGAAUUAUAUGUACAUGGAAUCGUACAGUAUGUAUACUUUUUUGUCGUCUUUUAGCAUAAUAACUUGGAAAUUCAUCCAUGUUGUGUGCAUUGGAGCCCUGGUGGCAUAAUGGUUAAGCAUUCGGCUGCUAACCAAAAGGUUGGCAGUUUGAAUCCAGGCACACUUUGGAAACCCUAUGGGGCAGUUCUACUCUAUGCUAUAGGAUCACUAUGAGUCGGAAUCUACGUGACAGCAGUGGGUUUGUUUUGGGGUUUUUUUUUGGGUGUGCAUUGGUAAUUCAUGCCUUUUUUAUUACUAAGUAGUAUUCCAUCAUAUGAACAUACCACGGUCUGUUUAGCAGUUCACAUUUGAGUUGUUUCCACUUUUUGGCUUUUUGGCUAUUACAAAUAAAGCUACUAGAAACAAUUGUGUACAAGUCUUUCAUUUCUCUUGAGUAAAUAUCUAGGCGAAAUGAUGGGGUCAUAUGGUAUGUGCAGGUUUAACUGCCAAACUGUUUCCCGAGGCUGUUGUGCUAUUUUCCAUGGCUACCAGCUGUCUACCAGAGUCCAAGUUGCUCAGCAACAUUUGGUAUAGUCUUUUUAAUGUUAGCCAUUUUAAUGGGAAUGUAAUGUUAUUUCAUUGUGGCUUUAAUUUGUAUUUCCCUAAUGACUAAUGAUGUUGAACAUCUUUUCAUGUGCAUCUUUGGUAAAGUGCCUGUUCAUACCUUUUGCCCACAUUUUUAUUGGGGUAUUUAUCCUCUUAUGAGUAGUAAGAGUUCUUUAUAUAUUUUAGUUAUAUAAAUCUCUGUCAGGUAUAUGUUUUGCAAAUAUUCUAGCCUGAGAAAUAUUGCCAUUUCAUUUUCUUAAAGGUAUUGUUGGAAGAGCAAAAGUUUUAAUUUUGGUGAAGACAUAUUUAUUUUUUUUCUUCUGAAUUUUGCACUUUUAUGUUACAUUCAAGUAUAGGUAGUCCCAACUUAAGAUGUAUUUAUGUUACGGCAAACUGUACUUAGGAUCAUCUGUUUUUUAUUUUUUGGUACAUGUUAUCAUUCGUAAUAUGUACUACAUACAGUGUUACAGUAUGUAAUUUGCUGAUGUUAUUCUCAGAUGUUCACUCACAGAUGUUCAAAAAUUGAAUUUUUAAAGAUACUGAUAAAAAAGUAGUAAUAAUGCAAACUAAAAAGCAAAGGUGUUGACUUACUUCAGAACUGACUUAUGACAGAGUCAUUGGAACAGAACGCCAUCAUAAACCUGGAACUACCUGUAAUCAUUUCUAAACCGAAGGUUUACAAAACUUCAAACCUAUGUUUAAACAUACAAUAAAUAAGACUUUAUUCUGUAUUUUCUUUUAGAAGUUUUAUAGUUUUAGCUCUUACGUUUAGGCCUGUGAUCCAUUUUGAGUUGUUAAUUUUUUGUAUAUGCCGUAAGAGUCAAGAUUCCCCCCCCCCCCGCCGCCCUUUUUUCUGGCAUUUGGCCAUCCAAUUGUUCCAGCACCAGUUGUUGGAAAGAUGAUCCUGUCCCCAUUGACCCUAAGUGGCACAAACAGUUUGUGCUCAACUACCAACCUAAAGGUUGGCAGCUCGAACCCACCAGGGAUGUCUUGGAAGAAAGGACUGGCUGUCUGCUUCAGAGAAACUUGCAGCCAAGAAAACCCUAUGGAGAGGUCCUACUCCGUAACUUGUAGGGGUUCCAUGAGUCAGAAUUGACAGCAACGAGCUUAGUUUUUUGUUUUGGUAUCCCCAUUGAAUUGCCCUGAUGCUUUUAUAAGAAAUGAGUUGGCCAUGUAAAUAGUCCGCGACUUACAGAGGCGUUCUGUUCCAGCAGCUCUUGUCAGUUCUGACGUAAGUUGAAUAGCUAAUUUUCGUUAUUAUUCUCUUUUAUUAUCAGUAUCUUUACAGAUCUGAGCUUUGUCUUUAAGGGUUGGAAACGUGACAAAUAAACUUAGAUAUAUUUUAGUACAUACAUAAAAAAUACACAACCAUAAAAAUUUACUCCAACGAUGAAGGGUUGGACAAGAUUGGCAUUUUGUCAGUUGUGGUAAUAAUUCCACUUGUGGAAAGUUCUGGAUCAUCUGGGUUAUCCCUGGGAAUGGGGAUGGCGUUUCUAGGCAGAAAAUUACUGAGAAUUGCCUUUUCUUUUUUUCUUCAUGUAUUUCACAGUAACAUGUCACUGCUUCUUGAAUCGACCUAUUGCCUUUAGCAAAACAAUCAGGGUUUGGAUCCAUGUUUUCAAGCAACUGAAGCCACUGACUUAGUUUAGAAAAAAAUUCAGCCAGUCCUUUCACCAUAAAAAAUUUUGACAACUUCUUCCUGUUCCUUAUUAUUUCUUCUUCAGCAUUUCUUUCCUCUGCUCUACAGCAGUUUUAAACAGUAAAUCAUAAAAUCGAACGUUUGCGAGUGAAGUCUGAGAGUGAUAACAUCAACAAAUUAUGCAGGACAACACUGUGUGGCACAUAUCACUAAUGACAAGGUGUACAAAGAAAACAAAAACAAAAGAUGGACGAUUGUAAGCAGUUCGUCAUAACUUGAAUACGUUGUGAGGGUCUACCUGUAUAUAUGUGGGUCUGCUUCUGUACCCUCUUUUCAUUGAUCUGUUUGUCUGCCUUUACAUCAGUAACUUACUAUGUUUAUUACUGUAGCUUUAUAAUAAGUCUUGAAAUCAGGUAGUGUUAGUCCUCCAACCUUUUUUCCAAAAUUGUUUGACUAUUCUAAGUCCUUUGUAUUUCCAUGUGAAUUUCAGAAUCAGCUGUAAAAUAAAUUUCUACCCAAAAAAGUCUGUUGAAAUUUUCAUUGGGAUUGCGUUGAAUCUAUAGAGCAGUUUGGCAGAAAACGGACAUCUUAACGAUAUCAAACCUUCUGAUUCAUGAGCAUGAGCUCUCUCUUAAGUUAUUUAGGCCUUUAAUUUCUCUGAGCAAUGUUUGGUAGUUUUAGUAUAAAGGUAUUGCUAAUCUUAUUUUUCAGUUUUAUCCUAAGGAAUACAGUUUUUUUUUUUUGAUGCUAUGAUAUUGUUUCUAAAUGUCAAUUUCCGAUUGUUCUUUUUUUUUAGUAUAUAGAAUACAAUUUAUUUUUGUAUAAUGUUCUUGCAUCCUGAAACCUUGCCAAACUCAGUCUAACAAUUUCUUUUUUGUCUAUUUUACAUGGUUUUUCUGAUAUGAUUAUGUAUGAAAAUAAAGACAAUUUAUAAAAUAAAGUUUCUUCCUUUCCAGCCUGGUUCCCUUUUAUUUUUUUCUGGCCAGUCCCAUUGGAUAGAACCUCCAGUAUAAUGCUUGAAUAGAGGUAGUGUUGGACAUAUUUGCCUUGGUCCUGAUUUUCGAGAAAGCAGUCUUCCACCAUUUAGUAUGGUCUUAGGUAGGCUUUUCAUAAAUGCCCUUAUCAGGUUUAGUAAAUUACCUUCUAUUCCUAGUGUUAUGAGAGUUUUUAUCAGGAGCAAAUGCUGGAUUUUGUCAAAUGGCUUUUCUGUAAUUAUUAAGAUGAUCAUGUAUUUUUUCUUCUUUAGUUUGAUUGAUUUUACAUUGAUUGAUCUUUGAGUGGUAAAGCAAGCUUGCACUCCUGGGAUAAACCUCACUUGACCAGAAUGUAGCAAGGCCCUCUUAUAUAUGCUAUUGGACUUGAUUUGCUGACAUUUUAAGGAUAUUGGUGUGUAGUAUUCAUUUCUUGUAAUGCCUAUCCGGUUUAGGCAUCCAGGUCUGCUGGCCUCAUAAAAUGGCUUGAGAAGUAUUCCCUCUUCAGUGGCCCGAAAGAAUUGUGUGGGAGCUUGGCAGGUUGUCUCUUUUUUAAUCUUGUCCUUUCUGGCUAGAGAUCAGUUUUAUUAAUCUUUUUAUUGCCUUUGGUUCCAUAGAUUUUCUGUAUUGUUUUGCAGAUUUUUAUUUAAUUGAUUUCUGCUUUUAUUUUUUUUUUUUCUGCUUAUUUUGGGGCUUCAUUUGCUCUUCUUUUUCUAGUUCAUAAAGUGAACACUGAGGUCAUUGAUUGGAGACCUUUCUUUUAAAAUACAGGUGUUUAGUGCUAUACGUUUCCCUCUAGCUACUUGGUUUAGUUGCAGCCCCAGCUUUGAUACCUUGUUUUCAUUUUUGUUCAGUUUAAAAUGCAUCUUUUUUUUCUUUGUUCUAAGAGUUUUUAAAAUAAAUCUGUUAGUUUCUGAAUAAAUAUUUGAGGAUUUCCCAUAUUUUUCUGUUAUUGAUUUUCUUAUUUGAUUCCAUUUUAGUCAGAUAAUUUACCUUCUAUUAUCUGAAUACUUUUACAUUUAUUGAGACUUAAGGUUCAGAAUGUAGUCUAUCUUAGUAAAUGUUCUGUGUGCAGUUUUUGCUAAUGUGUAGUCUGUUAUUAACUGGAAUGUUCUAUAAAUAGCAAUUAAGUCAUGCUGGUUGAUGGUGUUCUUAAGGCUUCUGUAUCUGUAUUGAUUUUCUGUUUAUUUUUCUAUUAUUAACAGAGGAGUAUUGAAACCUGACUCUGGAUUUGUCUAUUUCUCAUUGUAGUUCUAUCAGGAUUUGCUUCGUGUAUUUUGAAGCUCAGUUAUUAGGCGCAUAAGCACUUAGGAUUGUUAUGUCAUCUUGAUGAAUUGAUACCUUUUUCCUUAUGAAAUAGCCCUCUUUAUCUCUGCUAUGAUAAUAAUCCUAAUCCAGCUUUCUUUUGAUUAGUAUUCUCAUGGUAUAUCAGUUUCCAUCCUUUUAAUUUUCACAUAUUUGUAUCUUUCUAUUUAGUUUCUUCUAGGGUACAUACAUUUGGGUCAUGCAUUUUGAUCCAAUCUGACACUGUCUGUUUUUUAAAUUAGAGUGUUUAGACUGUUCACAUUUAAUGUGAUUGAAAUGGUUGGGUUUCAGUCUGCUGUCUAUUUUCACAUCAGUUCCUUGUUCCCCUUUUCCUCCUCUUCUCCCUUCUUUUGGAUUGAAUAUUGUCUUAUGAUUUCACUUUAUCUGUUUGUUGGGUUGUAAACUGUAAUUUUUUGUUGUGUUAUUUUAAUCAUUGCUUUAGGGUUUAUAGUAUCAACCUUAACAUAUCACAGUAUACCUUCAAGUAAUGUACCACUUCACAAAUAACAAUCUUAUAUCCCUGCCUUCGUGCUAUUACUUUCAUACAUUUUAACAUAUGUAAAAACCUUUUUUAUAAACUCCAUGAUACAGUGGUGGCUCAGUGGUGGAAUUCUUGCUUUCUGGUGGGAGUUCCGGGUUUGAUACCUGGCCAUUGCACCUCAAGCACAGCCACCACCCAUCUGUAAUUGGAGGAUUCCAUGUUGCUAUGAUGUUAGACAGGUUUCAGUGGCGCUUCCAGACUAAGACGAGGAAGAAAGGCCUGGCAAUCUACGUCCCAAAAAUCAAUCACUGAAAACUCUAUUGAUCACAAUGGUUUGAUCGCAUGGUGCAUAGGGUUGCCAUGAGUUGGGGGGCAAUGCAAAGGCAGCCAACAACAACAAGAUUUAAAUUAUUUUUGUUUUAAACAGCCAGUAAUCUUUAAAAAAAAAAAAAGUCUUUUAUAUUUACUAGUAUAUUUUCCAUUUCCAGUGCUCUUCAUUUUGUGUAGAUCCAUUUUCUUUGUGUUUGAAGAAUUUCCUUUAGCGUUUCUAUGCUCUGAAAUAUGUUUAGUAGUAGUGGUGUUAACUCUUCUCUGAAAGUUUGAUAGAAUUCUCCAGUGAAGCCGUCAGGGCCAGGGAUUUUUCUUUAUUGGGAGUUUUAAUUUUUUCAAUCUCUUUUUUUGUUAUACAUUUAUUUAGCUGUUCUUUCUCUGUGUUAGUUUAGGUAGGUAAUAUGUUUCUAGAAAUUUGUCCAUUUCCUCCUCUAGGUUUUCAAAUGUGUUAGAGUACAAUUUUUCAUAGUAUUCUGUUAUGACUCUUUUAAUUUCAGUUGGGUCUGUUGUGAUACCACCCAUGUCAUUUCUUAUUCGGGUUAUUUGCUUCGUCUCCUGUUUCUCUUUUGUCACUUUGGCCAGUGGUUUAUUGAUUUUGUUGAUCUUUUCAAAGAACCAGCUUUUGGUCUUGUUAAGUCUUUCAAUUGUUUUGUUCUCCAUUUCAUUUAAUUCUGCCCUAAUUUUUAUUAUUUGCUUUCUUCUGGUGCCUGAGGGUUUCUUUUGUUGCUUUCUAUUUGUUCAAGUUGUAGUGAUAAUUCUUUGAUUUGGGCCCUUUCUUCUUUUUGAAUGUGUGCGUUUAUUGAUAUAAAUUGACCUCUGGGCACUACUUUAGCUGUGUCCCAAAGGUUCUGAUUGGAAGUGUUUUCAUUCUCAUUGUAUUCUAUGAAUUUCUUUAUCCCAUCCAUAAUUUGUUCUGUAACCCAGUUGUUUUUGAGCAAACUGUUCAUGCUUUUCUUUUCCCUGAUUUUUCUGUUAUUGACUUCUAGUUUUAUGGCUUUAUGGUCUGAGAAGAUGCUUGGUAAUAUUUCAGUGUUUUGGAUUCUGUUAAGGCUUGCUUUAUGGCCUAGUAUGUGGUCUAUUCUAGAGCCUGUUCCAUGUGCCUUGGAAGAGAAAGUAUACUUGGAUGCUGUCAGGUGGAGUGUUCUGUAUAUGUCUAUGAGGUCGAGUUGGUUGACUGUGGAAUUUAGCUCUUCCAUGUCUUUAUGUCUUUAUUGAACUUUCUGGAUGUUCUGUUUUUCACCGAAAGUGGUGUGUUGAAGUCUCCUACUGUUACUGUGGAGCUGUCUAUCUCACUUUUCAAUGCUGUUAGAGUUUGUUUUACGUAUCUUGAAGCACUGUCAUUGGGUGCAUAAAUAUUUAAUAUGGUAAUAUCCUCCUGGUAUAUUGUCCCUUUAAUCAUUUAUAUAGUGUCUUUCUUUAUCCUUUGUGGUGGAUUUAAGUUUCAAGUCUGUUUUGUCAGAAAUUAGUGUAGCCAUUCCUGCUGUUUUUUGAUUGUUGUUUGCUUGAUAUAUUUUUUUUCCAUCCUGUGAGUUUGUCUGUGUCUUUAAGGCAUGUCUCUUGUAGGCAGCAUGUAGAUGGACCAUGUUUUUUUAAUCCAUUCUGCAACUCUGUCUCUUUAUUGAUGCAUUUAGUCCAUUUAAAUUAAGUGUGAUUAUAGAUAGGCAUGUUCAGUGCUGUCAUUUUGAUGUCUUUUUUUGUGUGUUUUUGAUGGUUUCAUUUUUUCCACUUCUUUGUGCUGAGUAGUUUUUCUUUGUAAAUUGUGUGUUUCUGCUUCUUCAUUGUUGAUUUUGUUGUUGCUGAAUCUUUAUAUUUUUCUUGUAUUUUAUUUUGAUGUGCAGGAUUGUUAGUCUUCUUUAUGGUUACCUUAAUAUUUACCCCUGUAUUUCUAAAUUUAAACCUAACUUGUAUCUCUGUAUAUCGCCUGGAUUUCCUCUCCAUAUGGACGAUCAAUGACUACUUUAUUUCGUCCCUCUUUAUUGAUUUAAUGCCAUCAUCUUUUAUAUAAUGACAUCGCUAAUUGCCUGUUUUGAGAGUUUUUAUAUCCUGAUUUAUUUUUGUGAUUUCUGUAUCUAGGUUGAUAUGUGGUUGCUCUGUCCUGAGUUCUAGUGUUGGGUUGAUAUCUGAUACUACUGAUUUUCUAACCAGGAAGUUCCCUUUAGUAUUUCUUGUAGUUUUGUUUUGGUUUUUGCAAAUUCCCUAAGCUUCUGUUUAUCUGGAAAUGUCCUAAUUUCGCCUUCAUAUUUGAGAGACAGUUUUGCUGGAUAUGUGAUUCUUGGCUAGCAAUUUUUCUCCUUCAGUGCUUUAUGUCUGUCAUUCCAUUGUCUUCUUGCCUGCAUGGUUUCUGCUAAGUAGUCCAAGCUUAUUCUUAUUGAUUCUUCUUUUUAGGUAACUUUUUGCUUAUCCCUGGCCACUCCUAAAAUUUUCUCUUUAUCUUUGGUUUUGGCACGUUUGAUUAUAAUAUGUCUUGGUGACUUUCUUUUGGGAUCUACCUUGUAUGGGGUUCAAUAAGCAUCUUGGAUAGAUAUCCUUUCAUUUUUCAUGAUGUCAGGGAGAUUUUCUGCCAACAAAUCUUCAACAAUUCUCUCUGUAUUUUCUGUUAUCCCUCCCUGUUCUGGUACUCCAAUCAAUCAUAGGUUAUUCUUCUUGAUAGAGUCCCACAUGAUUCAUUUUUUUUUUAAUUCUUUUAUCUGAUUUUUCUUCAAAUAUAUUGUUGCCAAGUAUUUUAUCUUCCAUCUCACUAAUUCUGACUUCCAGAUCCUCAGUUCUGUUCCUCUGACUUUCUAGUGUGUUGUCUAAUUCUGAAAUUUUAUUGUUAAUCUUCUGAAUUUUUGAUUGCUGUCUCUCUUUGGAUUCUUGCAACCUAUUAAAUUUUUCAUUAUGUUCUUGAAUGAUCGUCUUAAUUUCCUCAACUGCUUUAUCUGUGUGCUCCUUGGCUUGUUCUGCGUUUUGCCUGAUCUCCUUCCUGAUGUCUUGAAGAGUUCUGUAUAUUAAUCUUUUGUAUUCUGUAUCUUGCAAUUCCAGGAAUACUUCUUCAUCCAGAAGAGUCCUUGAUUCAUUGUUUUUAGAGUUUGUUGAAGCAAUCAUGGUCUGCUUUAUGUGAUUUGAUAUGGACUGUUGUCUCUGAGCCACCUAUAAGUUAUUGUAUUAAUUUAUUUUAUGUUUGCUCACUAUGUUCUAGCUUCUUGCUUUGUUCUGAUAUAUCCAAACAGGCUACUAGAGCGAGCUAACGAUUGUUGGAGCUGUUGAAGCACUGAUGUCCUCUUACCAGAUGGCUAGGGAAGUUACCAGGUAUAUGAGCCUAGGCGUCCAUUCACUAUUCUUGUAUAGAUUCAGCUCAGGCAUCCCAGUAGUCAGUAACCUAGUGUGUGGCAUAGGCUCUCACCUACAGUCCUAGAGGAGCAGUGGUGAUUGGUGUAUGCACAGGUUUCUUGUAGCAGCAGGGGGUCACACUCUGAGGAAGGUAGGAGGCUGAUGACCUUCCCCCGAAUGUCUGAGGAAGGCAUGUCCCUGUUCUCUAGAGCGCUCUGGUGGGUGGGCUCUGCAGCCGUACCAUAGGCAUCCAAUGCUUUUAACUAUAAGGACUGGUAGGCACUACUUAGAGCCCUGUUGCAGGUGGCUAGGUGGUAUGGGUGGAGCCUCCAGUCCUCAGGCCCCAGCUGUGGGUAGGUGAGGGCCCUGUUUAAUAGGCAGAGCAGUAUCAAAUGUCAGAAACCUGCCUCUCCACCACACAGGUGAAACAGUUACAGUCAGACUUCAAACAGAUUUGCCCUUGCAAUAUAACUGCCAGAUCCUAUCUGCUGUAACGGGGCUACCUGGAUCUAUGUAGGGGUGAAGACAAAGUCUGUGGACAGCUUGUGCCUGGACUGGAGCUGCUUCUGCUCUGAGUUUCCAGAUUAGGGGAGUCAGCAGAGUAUUUUUCCCCGUUUGUUAAUUUGUUCCUUCUCCAAGGCCAGGGGAAUGGCUCAGGGAACGCAGUGGGACCUACCUGAGGCCCAGGGAAAUCAACUGUGGGCAGAGGGAGGAGGGAUCAGAUAGGAGAGAGUUCUUUCAAAAGGAUGAGCUAUUACAGCCACAUGGUAAAUUAGACAAAAUCACUUAUCUUGUGCCGAGAGCGUUGUUUUAUCUCAGAUUCCGGAGGUGUGUGUUGCCUCUGCGGUUGCACCAGGGGGUGGGGCUGUGGCAACUCACUUGCCUUCUUUCGCUGAAGUAGGCGCAUCCUAAAUGCCACCGCCAGCCCCACAGCAGUCACACCAGGGAGUCGGGUUGCGCCACUUCGCUUUCCUUCUUUUGCUGAAGCAGUGGCAUCCUGGAACACUACUGCCAGCCUCCCCGCAGGGGGAUAGGGGUUGAGGUGCUGCUGCUGACUCAGCAGCUCCUUGCUGCUUCUGCACCGUCUCUCCCUCCCCGUCACUCAGUCCAAUUUCUUAACUUUGCCUUUGAUGCUCAGGGUUCACAGCUUGUCAUAUAUAAUUCUCUUGUUUUGGGGGGGUUUUUGUUGCACGAGGGACCACCGUCUUGGCCCCGCCCUCCUUACAGGGUUUUAAAUAGCUAGAUACUAAUUAGAUUAUGACAUCAAGUGGGUUUAGGGGGAAGGGCUUGUUGUUACCAAAAGUUUGGUCUGUGCAUAGUACACCACCUGAAAAAAUAUUCAGACAAGAGUUUGUUUUUCAAGAGGAAUGUUCUGCUCUAUUGACACUAGUUUUAAGAUUUUCUUUUACACUACUUUUUAAGCAUUGCUGGGUAGGUUUUGGUAGUGAAUGGGUACACUGAAGCCAGGCGAUGGAAACAGAUGUGUUCUGUGAUGUCUACACUCACCAAACAUAUUGUCGGUGCAGCAGGGUUAAUAAGGGCUUCUGCCUUAUGUCUUGUAAGGGAGUUGCUAUGUGUUGUAAUUUUAUAUUUCUUAUCAAAUUAACAUCUUCAUUCAUCUCUAGUUCUUCUUGAGUGAAGGUUGGAGGAUAAGUAAAAAUUGUCCAAAUAGAAUGCAUUUCAGAAUAAACGAUCUUAUUAAAAUCAGGAAUUAACAAGUUAUGCCCUAAAUCUGCAGUCAAAUAACUAAAACACAUACAAGGACACCACUUCUUAUUCAAUGAUUACUUUGUAGUUGGUUUGCCAAGUGAACAAGAGUCUGCAAGAAUACAGCAUGGUGGGCAAAAAAACAAACCCAUUGCCGUUGAGUCGACUGCAACUCCUAGUGACCCUAUAGGACACAGCAGAACUGCCCCAACAAGUUUCCAAGGAGCAGCUGGUGGAUUCAAACUGCUGACUUUUUGGUUAGCAGCAAAGCUCUUAACCACUGCACCACCAGAGUUCCAUGGUGGGCAAAGUGCAGUAAUAUUCUAAGUGGUGUGGUCCUAGCCAUUCUUGAAAUAUUUCAGUUCACCAAAUGCAUGUCUUUUUAACUUUGUGUUGAUAGAUUGAUUCUCAAAGUUUCUCCCUAAAAAAAAAGGCACGUCAUCUUGUAAACUACUUUAACUGCUUUCUCUCUUUUUAUAAGCAAAUUAUUUAAAGAAGUCAUUCUGCUCACUAGUUAAUGCUUGUCUUUGGGUUACUUUUCAGGCCCUUGCAGCCAGAUUCUACCCUCACCACUCCAGUGACCUUGCUCUGGCAGAUUACUAAUUAUGUAUUUGCAAAUAUCUCCCUUUGACCUUUCUCAGUCAUUAACACCCUGACCACUUUUUCAUUGCCAUCUUUAUUGUUGUUGCCCAGAGUUUUAUUUAGUUCCUUUUUAUUUUACAUUUUGAGUUUUCUAACCUAAAUAACUUCUACACAUUCUGGAAUAAUUUUCUUACCCAUCUAAGAUCUCAGGACAUGGUGUGGCUUUAGAGCUGGAUGGGCCCUUCAUGUACCUAAGAUCACACACCCAGUGGAAAUCAGUGUGUAGUUAGAACUAUGGUCACCUGAUGCUCAGGCCAGUAAUACUUUUCCCUGAACUACGGUGUUGUCCAAAAAUAGUUGCUAUAAUCCUCUAAACUGGUGAAAGAUUAAGCUCGAGGUGAAUUUUUAAAAGGCAAGACCAGGUAGAGCAUGGGGAGUCAAUUCUCCAAUGGUCUCUUGCAUUUCUGCAUGUCUCUGAGGAAAUGAUCUCUGUAUAGUGAACAGCUUUCGAAGACAGAGCUAGUGUCUCCCACUGGGGCAAAAGACAGCUUUAUCGUCCAGUAUAAUAAAAAUGUCUCCCUCUGAUGCAAAUGUCAGGUAGGUUUGCUUGCUGCCUGUCAUGGAUUGAAUUAUGUUGAAUUAUGUCCCCCCAAAAAUGUGCGUAUCAACUUCAUUAGGCCAUGAUUCCCAGUAUUCUGUCGUUGUCCUCCAUUUUGUGAUUGUAAUUUAUGCUGAGGAUGAGGGUGGGAUUGUAACACCACCCAUACUCAGGUCACCUCCCUGAUCCAAUGUAAAGGGAGUUCCCCUGGGGUGUGGCCUGCACCACCCUUUAUCUCGUAAGAGAUAAAAUGGAAGCAAGCGGAAAGUUGGGGACCUCAUACCACCAAGAAGGCAGCACCAGGAGCAGAGUGCAUCCUUUGGACACAGGGUCUCUGCGCCUGAGAAGCUCCUCAGCCAGGGGAAGAUUGAAGACAAGGACCUUCCUCCAGAGCUGACAGAGAGAAAGCCUUCCCCGGAGCUGACACCCUGAAUUUGGACUUGUAACCUACUAGGCUGAGAGAAAAUAAAUUUCUCUUUGUUAAAGCCACCCAUUUGUGGCAUUUCUGUUACAGCAGCACUAGAUAACUAAGACACUGCUCAUUAAGAUUUGUUUCCUAAGCUCCAUGUCACCCCUGUGAGACCUGCGGGGCAAGGGGAACUAAGGUGAACAUGACUUCAUGUGGCAUGCUGUGCUCUAAUUACGUCCACUGUCUCUGACCCAAGAGUCUCAUGUCUUUACCAGCAUGUUAAGUUGCAAGAAAGGUAAAAUCUCAGACCUUUCACAGUUCUUGACACAGAUCAGAUAUUCUGAGAUAUGAAAUUGGGUAAAAGCAGCAAUUCACAGAUACUUAGGCCAUGGGUCAUCUCUGCUGAGAAUCCCACCAGGCUCCACUCUAGUCCCCCUUGCUUUAAACUCCACCCUGCAAAAUGAUGACCAGAAGUCAGUUUUAGUCAUGGUCUUCCUAUCUUUGCUCUAUAAGUUCUAUCUAGCUGCUAAACCCUCCCAUAGCCUCUAGUAUACCUGCAGUUAGGUAUCUUCAAAUGCUAACAAAUAAACUGGAGACAGUGGGCCAUGUGUCCCAGAGCUUGGAAAGGCAGCAGUCAUGUCAGCCCUUAGUCUAUCCCCACCAUCAACUCCCCUCCCUUCUUUAGUUGGGGCCAGGUAUCACAGCUGCCACUAUUCCAGUGAUCAGCAGGGUGUUGAGUCCCCUUAGCAUGAAGACUAUCUAGAAGAGUCUAAGAGUACAAGUCAUAAACCCCAAUAUGGGUUUUACUAUCUUAAGUCAGGCUGUAGUUACUUUCAUGCUGCCUAAUUUUAAGUGUUUGAAAACAUUUGAAAAUAACCUGUUCUUUUGAUGCCUCUUCUAGGGUACUGGCAGAAGGGAUCUCAACUUGAUCUCAAAGCUGAAGGGUAGCCUUUCAGUCUGGUGAUUACACCAUGAUCACAUGUAUUUUAUAUCAAAUACUGCAGAGCUAUUGGUUAAAUCUCCAUUCACUAUCUAAACUACCUUUCACCAAAAUUUCAGUGAACAUUUGAGACACUCAAAACAAUUCCUUUAAACCGUAAGCCUGCUUGUACACAAUAGCGAGUGGAGUAUAUAUUACUUUGCUAUGGCUGGUGUAACAAAUUACAAGCUCAGUGGCUGUCUUGAUUAUCUAGUGCAGCUGUAAGAGAAAUACCAUUAAGUGCAUGGCUUUAACAGAGAGAAAUUUAUUUUCUCACAGUCAAGUUGGCUGGAAGUACAAAUUCAGGGUGUCAGCUCCAGGGGAAGACUUUCUCUUCUGUCGGCUCUGGUGGAAGGUCCUAGUCAGCAGUCUUUCCCCAGACUAGAACCUCUUCAUGCAGGGACCCCAGGUCCAAAGGACAGGCUCUGCUCCCAGCACUGCUUUCUUGGUGGUAUGAGGUCCAUCUACUCUCUGUUGGCUUCCCUUUCAUCUCUUGUAAGAUAAAAGGUGGUGCAGGCCACACCCCAGGGAAGGUGCCUUUGUAUUGGAUCAGGAAUGUGACCUGAGUGAGGGUGUUAAAAUCCCACCCUAAUCUCCUUUAACAUAAAAUUACAAUCAUCAAAUGGAGAACCACCACAUAAUACUGGGAAUUAUGGCCUAACCGAGUCGACACAUAUUUUGGGAGACACAAUUUAAUCCUUGACAGUGGCUUAAAAUAACAAAUGUAUUCUAUCACAGUUGUGAAGCCAGAAGCCCAAAAUCCACUUAACCAGGCCAAAUUCAGGGUAUCAGCAGGGACACGCUCCCUUCUUGAGGCUCAAGCACAGAAUACAUCCCUUGCCUCUUCCAGCUUCUGGAGACUCCCAGCAUUUCUUAGCUUGCAGCUACAUUACUCCAAUUUCUGCCUUCAGUCACACUGUCUCUUCUGAAAUGCUCCUCUGCCUCCCUUUUAAGGAAGGACGCUUGUGAUUGUAUUUAGGGCCUACCCAGAUAAUCCAGGAUGAUCUCCCCAUCUCAAGAUAUAAUCACACCUGUACAGUCUGUUUAUGCCAUGUAAGGUUAACACUCAGAUUCCAGAGAUCAGAUGGGGAUAUAUUUAUUUUUAUUGUGCUUUAAGAGAAAGUUUACAGUUCAAGUUAAUUUUCCAUACAAAAAUUUACACACACAAUUGUCGUUACCCUAGUUGCUCUCCCUAUGUGACAGAACACUCCUCCUUUCCACUCUAGAUUUCCCGUGUCCAUUCAGCCAGCUCCUGUCCCUUUUUGCCUUCUCAUCUCACUUCCGGACAGGAGCUGCCCAGUCUCAUAUAUCUACCUGAGCUAAGCAUCAUUCUGUUCACGAGUAUCAUUUUAUGUCUUAUAGUCCAGUCUUUGCCUGAAGAGUUGGCUUCGGGAAUGGUUUCGAUUUUGGGCUAACAGACCGGCAGCCAUGUCUCCCAGGGUUCCUCCAGUCUCAGACCAUUAAGUCUGGUCUUUUUACUAGAAUUUGAGUUCUGCACCCUACUUUUCUCCUGCUCCAUCAGGGACUCUCUGUUUUCCCUGUCAGGGCAGUCAUUGGUGGUAGUCGGGUACUAUCUAGUUCUGGUCUCAGGCUGAUUGGAGUCUCUGGUUUAUGUCGCCCUUUCUGUCGCCUGGGCUGAUAUUUUCCUUUUGUCUUUUGUGUUCUUCUCCUUUGCUUCAGGUGGUUUGGGACCAAUUGAUGUAUGUUAGAUGGCUGUUACUAGCUUGUAAGACCCCAGACACCACUCACCAAAAUGGAGAACAUUUUCUUAACGAAUUUUGUUAUGCCAAUUGACCACCAAUUGACCUAGAUGUCCCCUGAAACCAUGGUCCCCAGACCAGGAUGGGAGUAUCUUGGCGGGGGGGGGGGGGGCAUUAUUUGUCCUAUCACAGUGUUAAGGCCUGGCAAAAAUAAUUCAAGUUAUCACUUUGUUCCCAAAUCAAUUUAACAGAGGACUGAUGAUAGGACUUAAAUAUAUUAUUACCCCUCCACCACCACCCUUAACCUAUUUCCUUAUGAAUACAAAGGCCGUACAAUGCAGUUUACCCAGCACUGCCUUGGGUAAUUACGGUAUUACUUUUAUAUGCAAAAGCUUUUUUUUUUUAAUUUUAUAUUCAAAAGUUAAAGUAUAUGGAUCUCCUGUUUAUAAAAACCCUUAAAAAAUACAAUACUUGGUUGAGUUCCACAGGGACAAAGUGCCUUUUAAGCAACAAUUUGAGUCCCCAGAGGCCAGAAAGUUCCCUCUGAAUUGUGUUUUAAAACCAAAACUUCUUACCAUUGUUUUGGGACCUAACCCUAUCAUACCACAGUUACUCAAGGGUAAAAACCAAGACCAGUUGUCCAGUUGAUUCCAACUCAUGUGUUUCAGCAGAACUGUGCUCUGUAGGAUUUUUAAUGGCUGAUCUUUAGAAGUAGAUCACCAACCCUUUCUUCUGAGGCAUCUCUGGGCAGACUUGAACCUCCUGUCUUUCAGCUAGCAGCCAAGCACGUUAACUGUGUGCACCACCCAGGGACUCCUACUCAAGAGCAGUAGUUCCAGGCAAACCCGACCAUUCACACCAGCACAUUCUCUUUGCUUCAUAUAUACCUGUUGCUGUGGAGUCGAUACAUAAAAUAUUUUCAAUGUUAGUUUGAGCCAAGAGAAUAAUUGUAAAUUUAUCCAAUUCUACCUUUACCCAACACUACCUACCUCCAUUAAAAAAAAAAAAAUAGAAAACCUUGAAUGUAAUAUUUAUUUGAUGAAUUUACAUAUGAUGUCAUUUACAAAAGAAAAGAUACAGACAGAUGCGGCUUUCAGUGCAGUUUCAAAAUUUUUCAGAAUAAGCAGUAAAGUCCAUGAGGAUUUGGAAUGAUAGCAUUGAAUGGCACAUGCUUCAGUUUCCUUUGGGUGUUUUUUUUCUACCCAACUCCAAGAAGUCAGAAGGGAGAAGAGUAGAAGAAAAUGUCAGUGUUAAUGUAAAUACAGCCAUGCAAAUAAAAACUUUUUUUUUUAAGUCAGAGGUCAUUUGGAGAUGUAGAACAUUUCUGUAUUCAGGGCUUACCACAGUCGGUAUGUAAUUUACGAACUAAAAUGCAAAGCUCUCCAACUUUCCAUUACUCAGAUCAUCUUAAAUUAUGUUAACGUCCCCCACCAACUAGUCAGAGGCUCCCUUCCCAAAGACUCUGACUUUGGAAGGGAGUCAUUUCUAAUAGUUUCUAAAAAGAUAGUCUAUUUGUAGAUAAAAUCUUUUUGGUUUCGAUAGGAUAAAGCACUCUUUUAAAGAGAAGUAAAAUGCUCCUUUACACCCAGCACUGUAACCUAUAAUUAGAUUUCAUUUCCAGAAAAAUGUAACUGAAAGUUUGCUUUUUUAAAAAAUUAUACUCACACUCAAAUACUCCCACCCUAAUCUGGAAUAUCCUAAAACACCGCCCCCCCUCCCAGAACACAAUUGCACCCGUCAAAAAAAAACCAGCAUACAAGCAAAAGGAUGGCCUAUAAAAG